AUGGUUUCUCACAGGUCCUUCUCUGGUUCUUCUCGGGUCUUACUAACAUGGCGCUCUCUUUUGUCAACCAUCUUGUUUUGCUUUGAGGUUUGCUGCGUUGUUGUUUCGGCACUAACCCUGGUCUUCAGCGACUCUUUCUUCGACUCACCACCGUUGAUUUCAAACAUUACCGAGUGGAGAAAGGACAUUCCGACGCCCGUCGUUUCCGUACAGGACUUCCCUUUCACAUCAGAUCUCCAGGACAUGCACACCCCAGAAUUCUUCGAAUUAAAGGACACUGCUUCGGAGUGCAGCAUGGACAGCGCAUACCAAAGCCAGAAUGGCGCCAGCCGGCGCGGAGCCAGGAAGCCUGAUGGUCACUCUCAGGAUACCAGGAGUCGGAUGAGCAACCAAUUCGUCAACAGUGAUAUAUAUUCGCCAUCACUGAGUGCUGACAGCUACAACGCAUUCCCGGACCAAGCCGUGGAUCUCAGCCAAAUGCAACACCCCUCCGGAGCCUGGGAAGCCUCGGAAGGAUCUACCGUGUAUGCUAAUUACUCUGCUGGACAGGAUUUCUCUCUAUACUCGACCACGAAUAUCCCCCGAUUCACACCUUCGUCUGCUGUUAGCAUGUCGUCACCGUGGGUCACCACAGAUGCACAAUUCCAAAGCCAUCCGUACAACUUCACAACAUAUCCCAACGGCCAAACAUCCCACGACAUGAUGUUUGACGCUACGACUUCAUCUCAGCGACAAUGGAACGGUGCUUCCUUCGAAACCUCAGAGCGCCCAACAGUUGUACGGAGCUCAUCCUCAUAUACCAUUCAAGAUGAUUCGCGAAGAGCCUCUGCUCACGAUGCCACUUUCGGUGCAUUCGUAGCAACGCCCACCAGCACAGCUAGCAUCCACUUCCCUCAUCACACCGUAGAAUACGAUCAAUCACGGCUCCUAGAUUCAAGGAACGAGAACGAGGAUACCACUUCAGCGUCCAUUCCUCAGUCACUAGAUGAUAACGAGGAGAUCAUGUCUCAAUCCGAGGCCGCUGAGACCAAGCUAGAGGAGGAACGCACUAAAGUCGCCCGCAGCCAUGCCUUGUACCAACAACUGCCAGACAAGGACGGCAAAUACCGCUGCCCUGAGGAGGGUAAGCCCGGAUGCAACCACAAGGCAACGUCGCUCAAGUGCAACUACGACAAGUAUGUGGAUUCUCACCUGAAGCCCUUCCGGUGCAACAAGAAGACGUGUGUUGGCGUCCAGUUCUCUUCUACUGCUUGCCUUCUCCGCCAUGAACGGGAAGCCCAUGGCAUGCAUGGUCACGGUGCGAGGCCUCAUCUAUGCCACUUCCGAGACUGCGAGCGGGCGGUGCUAGGCCACGGCUUCCCCCGUCGCUACAACCUCUUUGACCACAUGAAGCGGGUGCACCAAUACGAAGGCCCUACUACAGAACCCUCGCCUCCCACCAUGCAGGGUCAGGCUCUACGCAAGCCGACGAGCCGCAAGCGAAAGGCCUCAACCGAGGAUGUCAGUGAGAAGCGACAGAAGGUCGUGAAGCUGUCUGCCGAGCAGCAACGCCAGCAACGACGGGACGGCCUCACACAAGAAUUCUUGAGCAAGAAGCAGCACAUCAUCAGCAUCUUGACAAACCUCAGUGGCCCUAGCGAUCUCAGGGACGAUAUCCAACUCACCAAGGAGGUCGUGGGUCUGCACGACAUCUGCACCAAGUACAGGGAGGCGUUCGGCGGCUGA